AUGGGACUUUCCUUUUCCAAUUUAUUCAAGGGCCUCUUCGGCAAACGUGAGAUGCGAAUCCUGAUGGUCGGGCUCGAUGCUGCUGGUAAAACAACUAUCCUUUACAAACUCAAGCUUGGAGAGAUUGUAACGACGAUCCCUACCAUUGGUGAGUGUUUACGUUGUUUUUGACAUUUAGGUUAUCAGCCGUCUAUUAACAAUAUGAUUUGUUUCAUCGUUUAGGCUUCAACGUCGAAACUGUGGAAUACAAAAACAUUUCAUUCACCGUUUGGGAUGUCGGAGGACAAGACAAAAUCAGACCAUUAUGGAGACAUUACUUCCAGAAUACUCAAGGUCUCAUCUUCGUAGUGGACAGUAACGACAGAGAGCGUGUGGGAGAGGCCAGAGAAGAGUUGAUGAGAAUGUUAGCUGAGGAUGAGCUUCGUGAUGCGGUGCUGUUGGUAUUCGCCAACAAACAGGUAUGUUUUGAGCAUCUUACGCGCGACUUUUGUCGAUGUUGUCUGAUAUUAUACAUGAUGUUACGUUUCUUUCUACAGGAUCUUCCUAAUGCCAUGAAUGCGGCUGAAGUUACCGAUAAGCUCGGUCUUCACACUCUUCGCAACCGCAACUGGUAUAUUCAAGCCACGUGUGCCACUUCGGGUGACGGUCUAUACGAAGGUCUGGAUUGGUUAUCCAAUCAGCUGAAGAAUCGCAGUUAA